AUGACUUCAACUGCCGAUAAAUCAAAACCAGAAACUUCCCCACAGACUUUUUCUUAUGGUUCAAUUCUGCAUGAAAUAGACCCUAUUCAAUUAUACAGUCCAUCAGCAAGAACACCUUUAACAUCAAGAUUACAAUCACCUUCUGAAGUCACUCCCCUGUUAUCACUAGAUAUUAAUCAAGAUGAUGACGAUAAUGAAGACAAGAGUUUAUCAAUUGCAAAAGCAUAUCAUAUUGAUUUGUUAAAUUAUAGAUCAGUUACAUUAGAAAAUAAAGGAUCAGUAGCAAGAGAUCAUAUGGCUAAUGAACGUACAUUUUUAGCAUGGUUAAGAACUUCAUUAGCUUUUAUAACUUUAGGUAUUGGAAUAACUCAAUUAUUUAGAUUAGAGAAACCAAAUUCAAAAAUUAAAACAACAAAUUCAUUAAUAUCUUUAGAAAAUUCAAAUAAUGAUAUUAUUUUAAAAGCUGGUAAACCUUUAGGUUCAAUAUUUAUAAUAUUAGGUAUAAUUACUUUGAUUUUUGGUAUGAAUAGAUAUUUCCAAGUUCAAUUCUUUUUAACUAAAGAUUAUUAUCCUGCUACUAGAUUAAGUAUUUUCUUAUUAAUAACUGUCAUUUUAACAAUUGUCAUUACAACAUUCGCCAUAGUUUUAAAAACUUCCUUAUAG